CAAGAAAAUGAUGAUGAUGAUAAGUUAACAUUCCCAGCACCAUCUGGUGGUCCAACUGAUACUUCUGGUAAAUUGGAAACACCAAAACAAUCAAAACCAACAAUCAAUCCACUAGCUAGACGUCAUUCAUCACUAAGAACUUUUAAAGAUCCACAACCCAAAAUUGAAGUUUCUCAGCGUAAUACCAAAAACCCCAAAUUACCAUAUUCACCUUCAAUCAAUGUUUAUGACACUAAGGAUGAAUAUAAUGUCGUUUUAGCCUUACCUGGUGCUUCUUUGAAUGAAAUAGAUAUUGAUUUCCAUCCAGCUACAAAUGAAAUUGUGAUUAAAGGUUCAAUCAAUUCAAUUUCAAACUUGAAUGAGAUUGAUUUAAAACAUUCAGAAAUUAGAACAGGUUCAAUUGAAAGAAGGGUUAAAUUCCCAACUUUACCAAAGAUCAUUGAUGAGAAUAUUAAGGCAAAAUAUUUGAAUGGGUUAUUGACUAUUAAAGUUCCAAAAGAGAGUAAUGAUGAUGUUUUGAAAAAACCAAAGAGAAAAGUUACCAUUGAAGAUGUCCCUGAUGAAGAAUUAGAAUAUGAA